AGUACCGGCCAGCUUGAACACUUAAUUGAGCUCUGGCUACAUGAAUCUUCUCCGUGUCAUGGCAAAUUGCACCUUGGUAGUCCUCCUGUGUUGCCUGUCCAUGCUUCCAAUGUCCGUACCUUGAGAAAGAAGCUGGAAGCAAAAGUGAAGAAACUUGAAGAGGCUGCGACAAAGCAUACACAGGAUUUCAGACAACUGAAAACAGAAAAGAAGAGGCUUGAAAAGGAGCUAAAGAAAGCACAAGGAAAACUUGAUGGUGUACUUAAAGAGAAGUGCAGAAAAGUUAAACAUGCGGAGACCCAGAGUUCAAGUGAAGAUUUGACAACAGAGAUAGACAAAGAAAAAAUAAAGCUCUUGUUGGAAGAACUCUGGAUGUGCAUUGACAGUGCAACAGGAAAAAGAGAGAAUCAGGAAAGUGCUUCUGACUUGGGUUCUGUUCAGGAUAAGGCAUGGCCUGAAAAAAGAAGACUGACUGUUACAGAAGAAACUGUACAAAUCCACCAAAAGAUCAGGAAGCGUGACGGCAAAACACUACCUUGGUAUUCUUCACUAGAAAGUGCUGGAAAGCAAAAUUCUGUAACAGCCAUGCAACUUCAAGUGAGUACUGAGCCUUCUGGAGGUGACUGUGUUGAGAACACGACUGCUGAAGAAUGUCUGCACGGUGAAGAGGAUAAAACUGUAGAUGUGGUGAUCCAGACAGAUGGGUCACAGAGCAGUUCAGAUUUCUCCAAUCAGGAGCAAAAGGGCCCAGGGGGAAAUGUGAUGGAUAUAUUGAAUUGGGCCAGGCCUCUCCCCGCUCUACUUUCUCCAGUACAGCUUUCACCACUGUCUGCACAGGAUAUAUUGUUUGGAGAAGUCAGAGGUUCCAGCAAUGAAGAAGUUGCUUGCGGUGUUUCUGCAGUGGAGGAUAUUUUACAAGACGACCAAGUUCAGCCUCAGAGUUGUAAUGUACUCAGCCUCAGCGAGGAGUGUAACAAACACAGCAAAUCAUCUGAGCAUGGUCUUGAUGCAGAAAUCUCAUGUAACCUGAAUUGGAAUGGAAAGAAUGAGAAGAAUGUUCAUAUUGCUCCAAAGACGUCAAGCAAGAGAGGUGCUGAAGCAAAGCAAGCUGAAGCUGCUACUUUAAUAACAAACAUGGAAACUAACAAAGAUUGUUUGGAGGAAAAUUCAGAGAACAUGAAAACUGAGAAGAGAGAACUAACUGAAGCAACAGCACAUGAAUUGGAAGCCAUCGAAGAACAGAAAGGACGUAGAGAGGACAUUGACAGCGAAGGGGGAGGUUCUUCACCUGAUUCUAUGUUGCACAGUUUCAAGCCUCAGAAUCCGAUGGGAAAAUGUAGUGAGGUAGAGCAAACAGAGGAGAAUGUAAUCUUAAUCAGAGCUGUUAAUUAUGAGAGUACACAUCAAAAGCACGGUGAAUUAAUGAAAGCUGAAAGGCAUGCAUUAUCAGGAGAGAUAGAAACUCCCAGGGCAAUAUCUGUUCCCCAAAAUGUUACUCAUUUGUCACCUGAGCAAUGCAUUGUGCUUCAAGGUGAAGAUUCGGAAGAGAAAUCUGGUGUGUUGGUACAGAAUGAAGUAGUUGAAAAUGAAUCAAAAAAUGGAAUCAAAGUAACUAAUAUGGCAAGUCAUGUAGGAGAAAACGUGAAACAGUUGAUAACUGGAGACAAAAUAACAGCUGCAAUACAGAUUAAAAGACUCUGCGCGGAGACAAAUAAUGAGAGACAGAUCUCUGAGAAUGCGUUUUCUGAUUUCAGUAGUUCAAAGAAGUGUCCUAAAAACCUAACGACACAGUGUGAUGGGGAGGGGAUAAUUAUGGAGACUGAGGCACACACUGGAGCUAUGGAGAUCUCUGCACACUCUCAGUGCUCUGAAAUAAAACAUGAAGGUGAAGAGACACUGGAAAAACAAGGUGUGCAAACAGUACAAGAUGAAGCAGACAGGGAAUGUGAACCAGAGAUUGUUAAAGUUUCUAGACACUACUUACCUGUAUCUGCUAUUGAAGGAAUCAGAAAUUCAUUGUCUAUGGGUGACAUGGACAAAAAUGUAGGUAUGGAGAGAACUGCUUUGUCAGCCUUUCAAAAAGAUGAAGAACCACUCAGAGUUGAAGACAUGAAUAUAACCAGACCUGAGGCUAUCGAACUAUCUGGGAAAUUUGACAGAGAAAGUAUACUUGAAAUAUCUGAAUCGUCAGAGCUACUCCACAGUGCAGAAAGUGGAAAAUUAGUAGAUAUAGAGGAGGGGGCAUAUUUAAAAGGCAAACCACACCAGGAAGAAAACGGUAGUCAUUUAUCGCAAAGAAAGUCAGACUUGGAAAGUAUACUCACACUACCAAAGACAGCAUGUAUUAUUGGUGCAGAAAGCAGUGUAGCUAAGUGUGAAUCCUCUGUGUUCGAUUUUACAGAAAUAAAAGGUGAAAUAAAACAACCUGAAAACCUUGGUAGUACAUUAGAAUGUGGGUUGUCCAAAACUCAAAACUUUGAAGUGUUUGAAUCUCAAGAGACUGAAUUCAAAGUUAAUCCAGGUUUCAGAGAGGAAAGCCGUGAGCUGUUAGAAAGAGUGGAUACCAAUGAAUCUGUCUUAGUAGAAAGUAAUCUUACUUCUCAGGCACAAUUUGCAAAACCUCUGAAUCAGUUCUUGGUAACUGAAAAUGUUAAAUAUGAUAAAAUAGAAGGAGAAUUACAUAAACAAAGCAAGGAAUUGGUGACUGAGACUUGUUCCAGUUCAUUUAACUGUCAAGAGAAUGUUGUGAAGAAAAACAGUAUUUCACAGAUCAUCUGCCAGCCAACUUCAGAAAUGGCUUUUAAUAAUGGCUUGGCUUUUUCUACUCAAGGGGACUUGGAGAUGGGCUGUAUAAAUACUGAAGAAGCAGAUUCUCCUAUGCAAGCAGCAGUUGGCUUGGAAUCUACAAUGCCUCCUGAUCUAUAUUUCAAUCUUCAGAAAGCUGUCAGUUUUGUUGAAACUAACUUCACAGAAAAGGCAGCUUUGUCCUGUACAUGGGAAAACAAAGGAGAUAAAAAUUGUGUUACAAGUAGUGCAUUUAACUGUUCUUCAGAAAGUAUGGAAGAGGGUGCUGAGAUCCUGUCUGCUGAAAAAGACCUGUGCAAAGAACUGGACUGCCCUGAGAGGGAGUACGUACACAAAAAUGAAGUGAAAAUUCCAGAUGAGAAGGAGCAGCCAGUAGAAAAAGAACCUCAGGCAUCUGUUAAAUCACAGGUCCUGGAUGCAAAUUCUUAUAGUAAGAAUACUUUUCUUCUCCAAAAGUCUGAUUUUCAAGAAUCAGGAUGCAGGACUUCUACAUGGGGGGUUAGAACAGAUCCUUCUAGAACUGGUUCACUAACAGCUGGGGGAGUAAGCAAAGAAUGGAAUAGUUUAGAGGCAUCUGGGAAAAAUGCCAUAAAAAGGUCUAACAGUGAUUUUGAUGUGUCAGAGCAGAGUGAUGAAUCUGAAGAGAAAGACUGUUCUAUACAAAAAGUUAGAUAUGUAAAAUGUUCUGAAUGUGUUCCCGUGUUCAGAAAGGAACUGAGAGCUUCCCAGAGAAUUGCAGUGGGUGCUCUGGAAACUGGUGCAAUUGUUGAUGCUGAUUACCAAGCAUGUGAACUUCAUUCGACAAUGCACCCAGGAAAUACUUUGACAGUAAAAGGAGACACUAUGGUGGAUAUAGAUACACACUGUGAAACAAAUACCUCUCCAGAUACUGCAAAUGAGUUAUCAAGUGUGCUUGGGGAAGGAGAAUGUAUAUUAGUAACCUCUGAAAAAAACGAGGGUGCUAAUGAAUGCAUGGUAGAUUCUAACAGAGCUGGGUGCAUCAAUGACAGCGAGGAAAGUCAGUUAAAAACUGGGACAUCAAAAGAAAGCCUUGUGAUGCCAAAUGCUUCAAAAAAUAAAUGCCAGAUGUUAACCAGAUUCUCAGAAACUUGCAGACUGGCUGUAAGAAACAGUAAAUUAAAUAGAAGAAUGUUAGCACUCGGCAAUUUCUUAGAAGCAAAUACUUCUGAAAAACUUCAGUCAAAUACAGAGCAAAGUCUACUACAUGGUGUUAAUAUGGGAGUCUCAGUGUUUGAAGAAUAUAAUCAUAGUCAAACUUGUACUGCUUGCAACAAAGGAGAAAACAACACUGAUAUCCUAGAUGGUAGUGGUAGAAAAAAAAAAAUUGUCAACUGUCUUUCAAAUCCAGCCCUAUCUAAUGUAGAGGGCAAUUGCCAAACAGUUAGGCAGCCUUCUGAGCCACAAAAAACAGUAUUUGAGAAGCUAUGGAUGUUGGAUUCACAGCCAUGUGUGGAUGUUGCUCUCAAAAAGAGCAGUAAAUUGAAGUGUAAAGAGCAAGAACCAUCUGAAAUCUUGAGUUUUUCAACCAAGACAGCUGCCCAAGUAAUGCAUGCCAAGCUAUCAAAGAGACGGUUUCAAGGUAAAAGAAAAACAAAGAGUCUCAAAGCUAAACUAACUGAGACAGUUCUUGCAAAUGCUGAUACUUCUAUGCCAACACAAUGCUCAACUGAGACUAUAAAUAAGAUUAGGCAAGAGAUGGGUCCUCCUCUGCCCCCCUUGCUACCGCCUUUGGUUGCUACUCCUCCAAAAGCUGCAUGUACCAUGUCUCCAGUAAUGUAUUCUACUGGUCAAUCCCCUUUGCUUUCCCCUCUUGAUGACUUGAUAUCCCCACUACGUGAAACUCCUGUUCCUCCUCUCAUGUCUCCUUUAACAGACACUCCAACAGUAAAAUCUGCCCUUUUGUUUUCUCCUCCCUCACCCUCAGAAGUGGCAACGGGUAGAAGGAUUCGCUCCUCACCUUUGAAAUUUUGUACUUCCAUUCCAAAGCAUGCACUUCCCGUCCCAGGAAGGUUGCCUCUGUUUGCAACUGAUAGCGCUGCUCCAGGUGCUUCUCAGGAAAACUCAGUGAAAAUAUUGGACACUAUGUAUCCAGAGCUAUCUGCAAGGGCAAGGACACUAAACAUUCUGAAAGGCAAUAUUCAGCUUAACCGAUGUGCUUUUUCAGACAGCCAAAGUUUGCCAGGACCUGUGGCUCAGAUAGGUGGGUUCAAGGCAAUUGCAUCUACAUCAACUGCUUUUGUUAAAACUGGGAGCAAUUUGAAAACUGAUAGCAGCAAAGAUCAAGACAAAGAUGUGCAAAAUCAACAAUUGUUUUCCACCUCAUCAAAUCAUCUUCAAAAACAGACGCUGUUGCCAGUAUCUAUGCCAAGAAGUGCAAAGAGACUGAGGUUGGACAGUGAACCACCAAAGCUGGAGUCCAGUGAUAUUGCUGCUAUCAAAAGUACUAAAAAUACAACCUCUGAAAUGCAGAAGACUUUCCAUGACACAAGCUGUAAAAUCAGUGAUUCAGCAUGCAGUUUCAGUUUAGAAGCAUCACUACCAGUAAAGAAGGUUAUUGAUUCUGACUGCCAGAAAGUUUCUUUGGCAUUGAAGAAAAUUGCUGAAUCCUGUUUUGACUUGUUACCAGUCAUUAAAGGUCACGUGUAUGUCGGCAAUAUCUCAAAGAUGCCAAUAAUGAGAGAUGAAGAGAAAGAAGUUGUCUAUGAAUUUGCUAUAAAAAACAAGCAUUUAGCAGAGUCCUUGCUGCAUGUUAUUCUCAAUAAACUGAAGGCUCAGAAGAUGGGCACAAAUUACAAUUUCAAUCAGUCUCUAUGUCGAGUUUAUACAGCAAUUUGUCGACAGUUGGGAGAUUUGGAAAGAGCCCGCCUUUUCUGCUAUAGCUUACUUAAAGAAG